UGUGAGCCAGGAGCCCGCGCUGAUCAGCUGCCGCUACCCGGAGGGGUGUGUGCGGGGAGAGCCCUUCCCUACCGCCCCUCUGUGCCCAGCCGGGGGCGACUUUCUCCGGUGGCUGGAACCAGCCCCUGGGGCAGCCCCGGGCUCUACCGACACCAGCUCCUGAGCCGCAGACUCCAGGCACACAAAAGUAGUCUGGGCUUUUUGCAGAAAGAAGUGUAUGUAUAUAGUCCACAGCAAAUUCAUAUAUUCUACGGCCAGAAGGGACCAUUUUGAUCAUCUAGGCUGAUCUCUUUCAAAACACAGCUGUGAGUGACAAGAAGGAGAAGAGUCUGAGAUGGAGGAACCAUACAAGAUGUCUCUGACAAGAUCCAAAGGCAAUGUUUCUGAGAGCCCUGAGCAGGAAAAGUCCCCUAGGAGUCCAGGCGAAUCAGAAACACAGCAGCAAAACACUCCAGAGGAAAGUAAAUCUGCUCAUGGUGGGCGAGGUGUGAGGAAGCGCAAAGGCACCAUCGUCCGCCGGAGAACAUUCAUGGGGGAGAGGCCCAACAUCUGCAUUGAGUGCGGGAAAAGCUUCCUUCAGAGCUCAGACCUUAUUAACCAUCGGCGAAUUCACACAGGGGAGAAACCCUAUAAAUGCAUUGACUGCGGGAAAAGCUUCAGCGUCAGCUCAAACCUCAUCCGACACCAGAGAACCCACACAGGAGAGAAACCCUAUAACUGCCCCGACUGUGGGAAAAACUUCACGGACAAGUCGACCCUGACCCAGCAUCAGCGCGUCCAUACAGGUGAGAAGCCCUAUAAAUGCAUAGACUGUGGGAAGAGCUUCAGCCGCAGCUCCCACCACAAGAGGCAUCUGAGGAACCCUCCAGGGAAGAGGCAAGGUAAAUGCACCCACCGGGAAAGCACUACUGUUGGGAAGGUUAAAGAAACCAAAGCAUCAAAGAAGAGAACCUCAACCGUUGAGAUCCCCAACACUUGUGCUGAAUGCUGGCAAAGCUUCAGCCAGAACUCGGACCUGGUCAAACACAUGAGGAUCCACACAGGAGAGAAACCCUAUGAGUGUCCCGACUGUGGAAAAAGAUUCAAUGUCAGCUCAAACCUGAUCAGACACCAGAGGAUCCACACAGGAGAGAAACCCUACACGUGCUCUGACUGUGGGAAAAGCUUCACUGACAAAUCCACUCUGACCCAGCACUACCGGAUCCACACGGGAGAGAAACCCUAUAUAUGCACUUAUUGUGGGAAAAGCUUUAGUCAUAGCUCCCACCACAAAAGACAUGAAAAAAUCCACAAGGGAAGGAACUCGGUGUCCUUCCUGCCAUUGUGGCCCUACCCCACUCAAACGUUCUAAAGAACGGUGUGCAUACUAAAGAGCCAGAAGGCAGAUUGAUGUGAAUUAUAGAGAGAGAGAGAAAGUGAGCAUUGCUACCUGGAGAGUAGGAACUGCUACACGUCAUCAGUCCGGCAGUCAACCUUCUCCAGUACCAUUUCCAAAAGUGGCUAUUAACCACAUACCUCAAAGGAAGGUGUGAAACUCCUAUAAGGGACAAUUUUGCAAUAACAUGUCCAUGGGGGGAAAGUGGCUGCCUGUUCCCAGGCUGUUAAUUGGUUGGCUUAUGUCCUCAAUAUAAAGAUCCCUUAGAAACCUU